UUCCAUCGCAACCCCAACCAAGCCUUUGCCUCGACGAAGAUCGUGCGGGGUAAGCGAGCACGCUGUUGAUGCUGUGAUCUGUUCGAUCAAUAGUCAGUCUGUCGCAGGCCGGAAGCAGUUCCCUCAAGAAUGAAUGCUGCAGUCCCUUGGGGUUUACGCUCCGAACGGGCCAACAUUCAAGGGACUCGUGUCCUGACGAUCGAGACCAAGAUCAACGGCAAAUCAGCCACUGUCAUUGAUCAAAGCGCCCGAGGAGGGCAUUCUCACCGCCAACUCGGUCUUCCAACUGGCCAUCUCCAGGCCUUGGGCAUGAAAGUAUGCACCUCUCAUGCGGUCCGGAUAGUAAACCCCAGCCCCAGCCCGCUCGGGGACUGCAGACUGCAGACUCAGACUGCAACAACAAUAGCAGCAGCAGCAGCAGCAGCCGCAGCACCAGUAGUCAGCGCAACCGGCAAUUCGAGGAUUUGUUUGCCGCUGACGAUUCCAGCGAGCAUGCCAUGGCAGCGUAAGAUUGGGGAAUAUUGCGCAGUUGAGCGAUCCAUGGAUCGUUCGUCUUUCCAUCCAAAACACGGCCUGGGCGAGAUCAUCCAGACCACCCCGGACGAUUCGAGACGUGGCUGCAAUGCGAACGCGAGUCUCUGGCGUCAUUUGCCCCUAAUUGGCCUGCAGCCUGAGGCCCACUACAGCGCCUGUGCUGCAUGCCCAGAACGGAAUAGCGCCCCGCUGACGCUGCCGAUUCCUAAAUUUGUUACUGCUUGUUGCUUUCCUUAGAAACUUGUUCCGCGAUCCGGCCGAGGCAGACGCUGGAUCUUUGCGUCAGGCACCGAGGAUUGGAAAUAAUGCAUGCAGAGUCCAGCAUCCGGUUUCACUAAGUGGAGUUCGUCAAGUCGCCUGCUUUUGAAAAAAAAAUACGGACAAUAACCAAGCGAUAAAAGGUGUUUGGACUUGAUUGAUGGAGACCUCCUUGGACCUGCAGCAGCUUUACGUUAGUGGAAUCCUGGGGACAACGCUGUCUUGUACCCAGGCUGAGAUCCCUGUCAGGAGCUGAUAACAGCUUUAUGCUCUUUGUGCCAUCGUAUCAGAUGCAUUAUCGGUUUUUAAAGAACCGCUAUCGCAAUGGUAGGAAGAACGAGUAAAGGCUAUGUUAUCAAUUUGAAGUCAGACGCUGCAUGGACCUGAAACUGUCCUGUUAUCAAUUGACAAGCAUCUCCGCAUCUGUCAAUAAUCCAGGGUCGA